AUGGCGGCGACCCGGACGCUAGAGGCUCGUUUCGAGCGCAUGUCGGUGAUGGACGACCAUGACUCCGGGUACACUAAGACAAAGGUACGCAUGGGAUGCUGGCUUAAGGCCCGUGGCAAGAAACUGGAGCGAACAAGGGCACAGCAUGUAUUGAUUGAAUGGAACUCGCUUUCCACUCUGUCAUUUCUCUCCAUUUACGACGGCGCAGUCACGGCGACUACGGCACAGCUGCCAAACGGAAACACCCGGGCGAACCUUUUCAAGGUUGCUAUACAAUCACACGUGGCCAGCAACCCUGUUACAGCCUCGGUGACCUUGCCAUCACAAGCCAUCAACCGCAAGCUCGCCCAGCAUCAGCAGCAACAGCAGCAUCCAGCCCCGUCGGCCGUUCCGACCCGAAAGGCGCUUCCGUCCUCGUCCUCGUCCGCUCGCAACUCGGACGAGCCAUCGGCGGGCACAGCCGAGGACAAGGUGGCCGCGAUGCUCAUCGCCCACCAGCCCAUGCUGCCCAAGGAGUUUCACCUCGGCAUGUUUGAGAUUGGCCGGCCGUUGGGCAAGGGCAAGUUUGGGCGGGUGUACCUGGCGCGCGAGCGGACGAGCGGCUUCAUCUGCGCCCUCAAGGUGCUGCACAAGAAUGAGCUGCGGCACGGGGGGGUAGAGCGGCAGGUGCGCCGCGAGAUUGAGAUCCAGGGUAACCUGCGCCACCCCAACGUGUUGCAAAUGUACGGCCACUUUCACGACAGUAAGCGCGUGUUCCUGAUUCUCGAGUUCGCUGGCAAGGGGGAGCUGUACAAGCACCUGCGCAAGGAGAACCGCUUCCCCGAGUGGAAGGCGGCGCAGUACAUUGCACAGAUGACGUCGGCGCUGCGCUACCUGCACCGCAAGCACGUUAUCCACAGAGACAUUAAGCCUGAGAACAUUCUCGUCGGCAUCCACGGCGAGCUCAAGAUUUCAGAUUUUGGCUGGAGCGUACACGCGCCAAACAACCGUCGCAAGACCAUGUGCGGUACCCUCGACUACCUGCCGCCCGAGAUGCUGCGGCCCGGUCAGGGGGAGAACUUUUACAAUGAAAAGGUCGAUCUCUGGAGUCUGGGCGUCUUGACAUACGAGUUCCUCGUCGGCGAGGCGCCGUUUGAAGAUACGGCAAUCAUGACACAGAGGAGAAUUGCGAGGGCAGACAUGUCGGUACCGUCGUUCGUGAGCGCAGAGGCAGCAGAUUUGAUCAAAAAGCCGGAUACUAACCGUGAUGUUCUGCAGCUCCUCGUUCUAGACCCCGAGAAGCGUAUUCCGCUGGACCAGAUUCCGCUGCACCCCUGGAUAGUGAAACAUUGUGUCAAGGGCGAGCGGGUUGCGAAUAGGGAAAAGUCGUAUAAGUGA